AACGAUGGCGUUUUAAAACAAAGACUGGCUAACGACAAGUUCACUUCAUUCCUACUCCUCCUCUCUUCCUCACUCUCUCCUCCUUAAAUUCGAUUCCUUUCGUUCUCAAUCGGGAAACUCAUCAUCUCCUUAAGGUUCUCGUUUGCCCAAGUCAAAAAAGGAUAUUUUUUUCUCGUCACAGUUCCAAAGAUCUUUCUUUUUUGUUUUUAGUAUGUAAUAAGUAAAAGCUUACUCAUUCCCGUGAUCCUCACUAGGGUUUCUCGGUUUUGUGAUUCAGGAGGACGUUAAAGUCGGAGACUUUUAGGGUCAAUGUCGGCUCCACCGCGAGUGGAUUCCGCUGACCGAGAAUUACGGUCAGUUCUUUGUCCUGCCGGUAACAAGAUGCAGCAGAAACCGAUGUCAAAGCAGGUGAAGAAGCCUCUGUCUGACAACGCGAAAAGCCUAACAACCUUUACGGCCAAGAAAACGCCUCUACGCCCUUCGGUUCUGAGGCGAAGCAACGGUGUCUCCAUGACCGCAUCGUAUUCCUCCGAGGCGUCUUCCUCGUGCGAGUCGUCUCCGUUGAGUAUAGCGUCUUCUUCUUCGAGCGGGAAGAGGGCUUUGCGGCGUAGCGGGUCAAACUCUUCUUCGUCUUCAUUGAGAAGGAAUCUGAAAGGGGAGAGAGAUGAAGAGGCGAGUGAUUGCUUCUCUGAUGGCCGUAGAAGAUGCGCUUGGAUCACUCCCAAGUCUGACCAAUGUUACAUUGCUUUCCACGAUGAAGAGUGGGGAGUUCCUGUCCAUGAUGACAAGAAACUUUUCGAGUUGUUAAGCCUGGCUGGUGCUCUUGCUGAACUAUCCUGGAAAGACAUCCUUUCCAAAAGACAUUUAUUCAGGGAAGUGUUCAUGGACUUUGAUCCAGUUGCAAUAUCUGAACUAACUUACAGAAAGAUAACGUCCCCUGAGAUUGCCACCACCUCAUUACUAUCAGAGCAAAAGCUACGGUCCAUCCUCGAGAACGCAAACCAAGUUCGCAAGAUAAUAGUUGAGUUUGGAUCGUUUGACAAGUACAUUUGGAACUUCGUUAACCAAAAGCCUACUCAGAGUCAGUUCCGGUACCAACGCCAGGUCCCUGUGAAGACUUCCAAAGCUGAGUUGAUAAGCAAAGACCUUGUUCGCAGAGGCUUUAGAAGUGUUAGUCCGACGGUUAUUUACUCGUUCAUGCAAACAGCUGGCCUCACUAACGACCAUCUCACUAGCUGCUUCAGACACCACCAGUGCAUAUCCAAGGACGAAGCCGUUAACUAAUGGAAACCCAAAAGACAAGAAUAGUUUUUUAACAAUGUGCUCUGCUUAGUUUCUUGUUUUGUGUUUGCUUUUUGUACAGAUGUGUUUGUUGUCAAACUAGGAGUAAUUUCUUGAUUAUAAAUCUAUGCUACUCUCUUUGUCUCA